CCACGAUAGAUAGCUACGUAAUGUCUACAGGAUGUAAAUAUAUAGUUUAAGAUAUUUGCCUGUACAUUAAGGACGAGCCUCUCAACCUCGUAAAACCUGGCUGUAAUACUCUUGCUACCCUCACAGCUUGCUACGUUUGACACCAAUGUCAAGAGAUGAAAAGAAGAUGCAUGUGUCAGAUGGGUUAGAGGUACAUGAGGCAGCAGCGACUGGUGAUGCUGACUCGUUAGUGGAGUAUCUCCGCACCAACAAGUAUGACGUUAAUUUGAAGGAUUCAGAUUGGAAUGACCGUGCUGCUUUACACUGGGCUGCCAUGAGAGGUUUUGUUGAGUGUAUACGGAUCCUACUUGAACAUGGAGCAGAUGGAGUGAUCCGGACAGACUCGGGAUGGACUCCAGCCCAUUGUGCUGGAGAAACAGGAAAGCUGACUGUACUGAGAGCCCUCCACAGUGCUGGUGUUCCGCUAGACCUCACUGACAAAUAUGGGGAUACCCCCAAGGACAUCGCAGCUAUUUACGGCCAUCAUGACUGUGUUCAAUUUUUAAACCAUGUUGCUGAAGAAAAAGAAAAGGAUGAACAUAGGACGUGACAAAUCUCCUGACACCAAGUCUUGAAUCAUAAUUUCUACAUCUCAACAACACCAUUGCUAAGAAGAUUGGUCAUGAUGUCAAUCCAUUAAUGAAGAUACAGUGGAUUCAUUAUCAUAGAAUAGAAAAAAAAAAAGAAUUGGAAGUGGGAAGUUUGGGACAACCAUCACUUUCAGCUGUGUUUACUAACUCACUACAAGAACAUUGUAUAUAAACUGUUGUGGAUAUAAUAAGUAAAUACUGUUGAACAUAUUUAUGUCAAAUAAAAAUUAUAAAUGACAAGUACAGUUAAGGUGAUUGAAUAUCAAUCAAUAUAAUCCUAUCGAUAUGUCAUCAUUCAUUGCAGACUUCUGUAUGGUAUACAAUCAUAUAUACGUCCACUGGGUAGUAUGUUGUACAUUGUACAGUUUCUACCCUUGUUCAACAUGUAUCUCUGUAGUUGUUCAGAUUUGAUCACACGGAAAAAAUGUCAAUGAUAGAAACAAUUAAUUUGUUUGUGCAGCUUUACUAAACAAGAGAAUCGGUAAAACUGAUGGAUGCUCCCUGAAUAAAUGUUGGAAGUUUCAUGUUGA